GAAGGCUUGAGAACAGAGGCAGUGGAGUGGGAAAAGCUGAAAAGAGCUAAGCUAUCUCCUUCACAUUUUGCAAGGGAUUAAUUUCACCUGCCUUUCCUGUUUUCCUGGCACAGUCUCAUUCCCCCUUUAUAAAUUCAACUGGGCAAGUCGUUUGACAUCCAAGCUCUACAGAGCAAGUGGGAAAAAAAAGAAAAGAAAAGAAAGAAGGAAGGAAGGAAAGAAGGAAAGAAGGAAGGAAGGAAGAAAAGAAAAAAAAGAAAAAGAAAAGGAAGUCUGGGCUUUGCCCCCCCUCCCCCCUCCUUUUCUGUCCCUGCUACUUCUGACAAGCCACAAAACAGUGAAGUUAGCAGAAAAGCCUGUUGAAGAACAAGAGAAGAUGCUUUCAUUCUUCAGAUGCAAUGAACUGAGGAAAAAACAGCCAUUGUAAUGGUAAAUUGCCGAGGGACUGGGAGAAAGGGCCGAUCAUCAAUCAAAGACGAAGCACUAGGAGCUCAUUUUAAAAGUUUGCUCCCCAACAGAUUGAAAUGUCUUACUUUCUCUCUAUCUUCUUGGUCCUUUUCUUCCUUUCUUUUGCUUUCUUCCUGAUCCUGACGCUGUGAAGAAGGCCGCCCAGCUUGGGCAAUGUUCACGGAAAGAGAUUUUGCAGAGAGAGGAGAAAUGUGUGGCGUUGAAAACAUCUCACGGUGAAGUUGGACUGGUUCGACUAAGGUGGCCGAAUGUUCUCCUAAAGAAUUCUCUGUCUAGCACCAUGGACUUCUUGUAGCCACUAGGAAAAUGGACUUGUCUUUCUUGGCGAUCCUUGAAGCCGACGAUCUGGCAGAGGGUGAGAUAAUUCAUCACAAAUGUGGAGAUUUUUCAUCAUCAAUGCUCAUGUUCCCAGACUCUUCGGGUUACUGAGGGUGUGUUCAGAGGACACUUGGAAGGACAAAGUGAUGAGGUUUAUGAUGUUGGACAGUAUAAACAGAAGUGUCAUUUCUUCAAAAUCUAACUCAAUCCAUAAAGGGAGAUACCUUUACUUGGAAGUAUUGCUCCAAGGAGGAGCUCCAUGGGGAUUUACACUGAAAGGCGGACUGGAGCAUAAAGAACCAUUAAUCAUCUCCAAGAUUGAAAAAGGAGGGAAAGCAGAUUUAUUGAAUUCCCGGCUGCAACCCGGAGAUGAAGUGAUCCUCAUCAAUGAAGUCUCUCUAAGCAGCUCCAGGCAGAAAGCUAUCUCCUUAGUGAAAGGAUCUUGGAAAACACUAAAGCUAGUUGUCCGCAGAGAUACCUUGGCAGCAGAGGGGCUUUCCGCGACCAACACCCCCCAGUCUCCCAAUUCGGAGGGUCACAAGUCCGACUCGCAGUCUGGCAAAACAUCGUGGUUGAAUGAAGUUAAGCUGCGGUUGAAGAACAGGCAAAGUGAUCCGGUGAGCAACAGAUCACACUCCUGGCAGCCAGCCAAGUUCCCGGAGAACCCAGCCGAUCUCAGUAUGAUGCAAGUAUCUCAGGGGACGAUAAGCAGUCCUUGGCACCAAGCCUACCAUCCGAGUUCCUCCACCAACGACCUCUCCAACUUCGACCAUGGCUUUUUAAGAAAAAGUCCCGACCAGUACAGCUCCAGGGGAAGCAUGGAGAGUCUGGAUCACCUGCCGGCGGGAUACACCCAUCCUUCCUGCCAUCUUUCGCCAGCCAAGUCCACCAGUAGCAUCGACCAACUCGCUCACCUUCACAGCAAGAGGGAUUCUGCUUACAGCUCUUUCUCCACCAGUUCCAGCACUCCCGAAUAUCAGCUGCCUCCCUUUUGUAAGGAAAGGUCCUAUUCGAUGGAGAACGUCCAUUCCCGGGCCAGGCCGCAAGAAGGCGGCAUGCGGCAGGCUGACAUCAGGUACAUUAAGACGGUCUACAAUGCCCAGAGAGGAGUUUCAGAGGAAUACGAAGUGAAAUCUUCUGCUCUCGUACCCAGCGGGGAGGCCCACCCCAAAGGUUACAGCGCCAGCAGGCCGCACGGCCAUCACAAAGGCCCACAGGCGCGGAAUUCGUUGGACAACGAGAGCCAGUACGCGAAGGGGCCUCCCAUGCCACCCACCAGAAGUGACAGCUAUGCAGCAACCAGGCACCACGACAGGCCCAGCUCUUGGUCUAGUCACGAACAAAGAAAGGCCUUGAGGAGCCAUUCCAAAAAUGCUUGGCUUCUCCUAGGCCAGGGCACGCCGCCUCCGGGACAGCUCUCGAAACCAGCAUUCCUAGAAGGACAGCUCCACACCGUGAUGGAGAGGAGUCCAGAGGGCAGUCCCACCAUGAAGCCCAAACAAGGCUACCCCCAAGCUACUCAACCCGGACAGCCGCUGCUACCUACCGGGGUUUACCCCGUUCCUUCUCCCGAACCACAUUUUGCUCUGGUUCCUCACUCUUCUGCGAACAACAGCGGGUUGGUGUACCCGGCGCUUGCCAAAGAGAGUGGCCACGCUCCUCCUCCGGCUUCUUUCCCAGCUUCCUACGAAAAGGCUGUUUCCUGCAAGCCGCUUCCCGUCAUGGAUGAGAACGGAAACCAGAGCAUCCCGAGCAAGGCAACCGUUUUCUACCAUCCUGAAUGUGGACCCUCCGGAGCAGGGAAAAAAAAGAUGGACAACGAGACUUCGAAAGUCAUCUUAUACAGGACCCAUCCUCAAGCCUACCCAAACUCUCCGAGACAGGAGGAGGAAGCAGAGCCCACCUAUAUAGCACAACCCAAUAUCCAAGAAAGUGCGAACGAUGCCCAAUAUUUGAACCAUGCUUUUCAGCCUUGGUCGUUUCACCUACGAGAUGGGAUGGCCGAGAGCAAAGCCUGCUGUCCGUCAAAGGCGUACAGUUCGAAAGAACAGCAAGAGGACUGGAAUGCGAACCUGCCGAUAAAUGAGUGCGAUCCUACCACACAGUGGAAUCCCAACAAGGCGAAGCAGUAUCUAUUCUCUUCCUUGCAAAAUAUCCCAGAGAGUACUCAGCUUCAAAACCCCAUGGAUUUGAAGGAGGCGCAAUCAGGUAGGACUUGUUCGGGUGCCAAGUGGCAUUUUGUUAACUAUGCCAACCAGGAAGAAAAGGAUGUUAAAGAGCAGGCCCCAGAAUACUGGCAGGACAGAGAACGGCGUGCCACAGAAGAUCACCGAGAUGCCACUACCAGUGCUGAUUAUAGCCACGGCAUGGAACCAAAUUAUGAGGAGCCUUCAGCUCCGUUGCUUCCACAGACCUCCGAUUUCAGAGCUGACCAGUUCCGAUCUUGCAGCAACAACAGCUUUCAGCCCCCCUGGUCUGGGAAAAAGGAGUCUAGGAAGACCCGAUGUUCUGUGCUGGAGAAGGUCAGCAAGAUAGAGCGACGGGAACAAGGCCAUCAGCGUCCACAGAGCGCAAAUAGCUUGAGCCAAAAUUCAAAGAAGUCUGGCGUUGAAGAUAGCCGACGUAGACAUAACUCACAAGAAUAUGGUCAAUUGCUGGAUGAACAUGGCAGGCCGGCCAGCACAAAUAACUCAGACCUGUACCCGAAUGUGCUCUACCUAAACGAAAGAAGCACUGGCAAACCAGAAAAGGCCAACAGGUAUUCUGCAGAGCAGCAGAGGGUAAUCGCAGCAGCUUUGAUAGCGCCACCAGAUCAGCAGAGCACCUACCGCCACGGGGGCUCCAGCAAGGAGUCGCACAAAAAGUCCGGGCAGCUACAAAGGAGCCGAAGUACGUUCCAAUUGUUGGAUGAACCCGAGAGAGAAGUCUUACAGAAAGUCAGUGCCAAGGAACCGCAUGGCUCGCAGCGAGAUGCCCCCGUUAACAGGACUUACAGGAACAGCAUUAAGGAUGCUCAGUCGAAAGUUUUGAGGGCCACCUCGUUCAGGCGCAAGGACCUCAACAUUAGUCCUGCCUUUGGGAAGGAGGUUCAGAGAAGUACGCCAAGACCCGCUUCAGCCCACACCGGGAUGAGGAGCACGACAGCUUCUCCACAUACCCCAAAGGAGAGGCAUAGCAUCACGCCGACGGAGAUAAAGAUGGAUCCUAUCAAUAAAGAUGGUCUCCCAGGACCUCUGCACGUUCACCGUAUCGGGGGAAGGAAACGGCUGACUUCUGAGCAGAAAAAGAGGUCUUACUCUGAACCGGAGAAGAUGAAUGAAAUAGGCGUGUCGGAUAAUGACCUCUCGCCGUCCUCACUUCAGAAGAAGAUGCUCCAGUUUGUCUUCCAAGAGAGCACCGUGGCUGACCGACGCAAGAUCUUCGAGAAGGAGAACAAAGCUUGUUCCACCAUCAAUCUUUCCAGGCCGGAGCUGAAGCAGCUGCAGCAAAAUGCCCUGGCAGAUUACAUUAAACGGAAAAUCGGGAAGCGCCCCUCGUCGGCAUCCCAAGAAAGGGAAGGAUCGCAGACCCCAUGCCGGCAAACCAAUGGCCAAGAGAGUCAGUCUCUGUCCCCGGCUUCUAGCAUGAAUUCUCUCCAAGACCAGAGUCUCUUUCAUACUAGGGAAACUCUAGAAUGGGCCUCUAGAAUGGGGCACGUUUAUUCUCCACUGCCCGGGCUCCAUGGCUGCUUUAAUCCCAUUGAAUUCGAGAGCAAGAUGGCGGGCCACCCGAAUCACGGUAGCAGCAAAAGCUCCACGCCCAGUUGGCUGAAAGCAGAUGGCCGCCCAGAUCAUAGAGUUAAUCCCGAGCUUACGAAAAGCACUCAGACCGAUCUUGACAUUUGUACCCCGCCGCACCCCGUCCACCAGAUCCUGGAGAAAAAGACACGGCUCACCAAGAAGCCUGGGAAAUCAGCUUCUGCGGAAGACCUGCUGGAUCGGACAGAAAACCAGCCUAUGACCAUGCACGUCCGAUCCAGGUCAUCUCCCUCGGCAGAUAAAAUGUGCCAGGUACGUACAGGUAUAGAAGAGAUUUCCACAAGCUGCUCAGUAAUGCUUUUUUUCCUCCCCUCUUUUUGUUUUGUUUUAUUCCACUUUGAGAAAACUCUUGUUUUCUUGCUCUCUCCCAGGUCAUUUGGCAAUAGCAAGAGAGGCCACCUGGAAAAAUCGGCGUUCACGCAAUACCGUCCUCAUCACAGCAGCGAGAAUGUGGGGAGCUCGGCGCCACCCGCAGAGAGACAGAAGGUCCCUGAUAUUCUCCGACAUCACAGCCGGACUUCGGCCUUUGUCUCCCCUUGCCCGGAUAUGAAGGAGAAGCAUUCCGAGGCCAAGCAAGGCUUCAGACGGGUCGCUCCUUCCAAAGCCAGCUAUUCUUCCCGCAGUUCGGCAUCCUCCACCCCGACUCUUUCAGACUUCUCCGCUGCUGGAGACAACACGCUCACGAGGUGGCCGCCCAGAGCUGACAAGGAAGACAAUAACAAAACUCCGAGCCAGGUCCUGGAAAGUGUCAAUCACCCAAGUAAGGAGCCAGGAGAAGAAACAACUUGGAAGUCCAAGCCUACUCUGUCUCAAAGACAAGCCCCAGCUAAAAUGAAAUGGGCCAGAGAGGACAACCAUCCAAAGAGCUCCACUUCUGUUCAAACAUCUGGCCAGAAGGUUUUCCAACAAUGGCAUGGGAUCCCCUCUAAGAAUAGUUCCUUCUCUGAGCCAGAAUCUCUCUCUAGUCAAGGAAGGUUGUCUCUUCGCAUCUCAGAGACCUACCUCCAGAUGUCCCCACCACUGUUCUGUCGAGAAGAGGAUGAUGAUGAUGUUUUCAUCCAAGAAGCCCAGACUCAUCCUAUGGGUGAUCUAUCAGAAUAUCCACCACCUCCUGAGAGUCCCAUUGACAAUCUAGAAGAAUUUCCAUCGCCACCCCCAAGUGUGGCAUUUGAAGAGGACAAUCCAGCAUCAGACAGCUCUAUAAGUCUUGCAGACGAGAAGAUGACAACAAGGAACCUCAAAGCUUUCUCCAGGGACUUCUCCAUGAGAGACAAACCAGGACCAGACUUCCUCAGGACCAACAUUUCUCCAUCCGUUGGAUCUUCAGAACCCAAAGCAACCGGAGUCCCUCCUUCUCCGGAAGCUCAAGAGCGCCAUGCUGCCAUCGAAGGAACGGUUGAGAAGGAACCUUCUCAAGAAGCCACAACGGCAAGCGAGGCAUCCGAGAAGAAGGAGUUCCGUCUCAAGAAGAGUAAAAGGAAAGAGAAAACGCGGGAGGAUCUGAAGGAAGAGUCCUUGGCUAAGGAAAUCGUGCACAAGGACAAGUCGCUCUGCAGCAUCCUGGAUCCCGAUUCGAAGAUGAAGACCACGAUGGACCUCAUGGAGGGGAUUUUCCCCAGAGGCUCCAGGGUGCUUAAAGAAAGUGCGAAGAAGAGAAUAAUGCAGAAAAGGAUAAAGGAUUCUGCCAGUAAUUUCUCUCCAGCCGGCAACAAGAGCAAUGAGAAGGAAGCUGCUAUGACGAUGCCAGUCGCCUGCCCAACGUACUACAGUGUCUCUGUACCCAAAGCUGAACUUUUGAAUAAAAUCAAGAAUUUGCCUGAAGAAGCAGGUGGGGAUGACGAGCAGGUGGACAUCAAUGAGAAGAAGGCCGAACUCAUUCAGAGCUUGACCCACAAACUGGAGAUUCUGAAGGAAGCCAAGGAGAGCCUCCUAGCAGACAUCAAGCUGAACAACACCUUGGGGGAGGAAGUGGAAGCCCUGAUCAGCGGCCUGUGCAAGCCCAAUGAAUUUGACAAGUACCGAAUGUUCAUUGGCGACCUGGAUAAGGUGGUCAGCCUCUUGCUUUCCCUCUCAGGGCGCCUGGCUCGAGUGGAGAACGUUCUCAGCAGCCUCGGCGAAGAUGCGGAUAAACAAGAAUGGGUUUCUCUGAACGAAAAGCGGAAGAUGUUAGCAGGCCAGCAUGAAGAUGCUCGUGAGUUGAAGGAAAACCUGGACCGUCGAGAACGUGUAGUCUUGGACAUCCUGUGCAGCUACUUCUCGGAGGAACAGCUUCAGGAUUACCAACACUUUGUGAAGAUGAAAUCGGGGCUGCUUAUAGAACAGCGGGAGCUGGAUGACAAGAUCAAACUCGGGCAGGAACAACUCAAGUGCCUCUUGGAAAGCCUCCCCACAGAAUACUUCCUCGAGAGCAAAAUGGCCGCCGAACCUCCAGCGAUCCCGGGGGCCAGCUGUGAGAACAGAUCUACCCCAUCUUUCCUCUGACCUCCUCCAGAUGAAGCUCACGUUAAAGCGAACAAACCCCUUACGUUUAUUUAAUCAGAGACAAGAGUUUCACUUUUGAAAUCGAAGGAGGAUUCGUUUUUCUCUUUUCUCAUUCACGUAGGGAACUCAAAACAGCCACGAAGAGUUUACGUUCUUUUUUGUUUUUCCCUGCCAAAGGCACUGUUUUCAAAAGGCAGCUGGAUUUUGUUUUUCUCUGAAGAUGUUUCGCUUCUCAUCCAAGGAGCUUCUUCGGUUCUGACUCAAGAAGCUUCUUGGAUGAGAAGCGAAACAUCUUCAAGGAAAAACAAAGACCAGCCGCCUUUUGAAAAAGCGCCUUUGGGACAACCAUGAUCUGGAUGACUGAGAAUUUCCAUAGACAUUUACAUUAUUUUUUCUCUUCUAUCUGCAAUCACAGCAAAACUACCUGGAGCACAUGAGAAAGGACGUCAUUCUAGAGGCUCAAAAUGACCCAGGAAGGAAUGCCUUGACAUUCGCUUCCAACCGUUCUGAGUUCAAGCCGUGCCCGUUGCGGGAGUGCCCUCUCCGAGCUCCAGAUUAAAUUAUGAAGGAUCUACAAUAAUGAAGCCUUAAUUAAAAUAUCGAUGAGCUCUCUGCUGUGUCUUGAACAAUAUUUAUAUUUUUUAAAGCUACCAGACGGAAUUCUGUAAAGAUUUUGUACAUAUAUACACUAUUAAUCGGUUGUUUUGAUUCUACUUCAACAAUGCGGGGAGGGUUGGGGGUAUGGUUUUAAUUUUUAAUUUUUGUGUGUGUGUGUGUGUGUGCUUUAACGACAACAAAAAGAAGCACCUCCUCCACCCCACAUGGGAGGGGCAAAUACCAUAGUUUGGAGCAGCUGUGUGGAUGAUGCUAAAGGACAGACUGAAAAAAAAUUUCGGGCUCCGAGUCAGGGAUUCCUCGUGCACACAACUAUUGACACGCAAUGAGUUCACUUUGUGCUUAUCGGCUUAAAAAAUGGGGCGCAGAUGCAGUUCCCACAUUGGCGAAAGGAAAGAAUUUGGAAAUUCUCAGUUUUACGGGGAAGGGGAUCCCCCAUUUUGGCAUCGUGGGCCAGGAGUUGUACGCUUACAAAUCCAUGAGAACUGCCUUCUCUCCCAGGUUUUGCAGAUCAAUUCGUACUUCUCUGCACAGCUUUGAACGCAGGGGAAACAUCUGCCCAUUUUUUUCCCCUCUAUGCUCAGCAGGAUCCCGUUAGGUUGGUGAGCGAGAUGCAUAUGCCUAGAGUGUCUCUCUGCCAGGCAGGUGGGGUGGGAGGACCUCUCCCUUUGAACGUCCGCCGAAGGUACCAAUAAGGGACUCGAGAAUGUUUUUGCACAGCAAAAUACUGUCUUCCAAGUGUGACUGAGGUGUGAGACCCAACCCAACCCAGCACUUGUGCGAACUAUACAACUCAGGAGUCAGCACGACACAGAAGCUUCUUCCUACAUUUUCCCACUUGACUCUUAAAAAAACAAUAAAAGUCGGAACACGCAUCCGCCUGCAAAGGAUUGGAGAAUUUCUCGAGGUGUUUUUUUUAAUUAUUUUUUUCCCCAAUCUCUCUCUUUAUUUAUAGAUUUUUUAAAAAAACAAAAAGAACAAAACAAAAUCCUUGGUUGUUUUUAAACACUGUGGUUCUUCGUUUUUGCUAACCUCUUUGGCUUGGACUGUCCGUAAAAGCGAUCCAAAACUUAAGACAUAACGUAGCACAAGAGUUGGGCGGACUGAAUUGACAGUCCACACAGCCAACGGGAUUUAUUUUCUUCUUCUUCUUCUAAGUUCAAUCCGAAGGAUUUCUUCCUAAUUUAUUACAGCAGGGAAGUCAUUUCCUAUUUUCUAUAUUUUGUAUGCGCUCGGAGCCAUCGCUCUACGUUGCUUUAUCGAUCAGGGCUUCCCAACUUUGGCCGCCUUAAAACACGUGGACUUCAACUCCCAGAAUUCCCCAGCCAGCAGAGGAGAUGAAGUCCACGCGUCUUGAAAGUGGCCAAGGUUGGGAAACCUAGAUCAGGGGUCUCCAUGCUUGUCGGCUUUUAAGACUGGUGGGGCUUCCAGUCCCAGAAUUCCUCAGCCAGCCAUUCUUGGCUGCAGAAUUCUGGGAGCUGACGUCCACCACAAGUCUUUAAAGUUGCAAAUUUGGAGAGCCCUGCUUUAGAUGAAUUCAAGGGGCAAGAAUGUAUGUGAUAAUCUCAAAAGCGGCACCUGUUGCUUCAAAGCUUUAUGCUGGGCUGUGACUGUAAUAAAAAAGAAAGUGAUGAAGAUGAUGAUAAAACAGA